AUGGAAUGUACAGAACAAGAAGGAGAGGCAGCACAAAGAGCUGGAAUAAAAGUUGAAGAUGAAGAUGCUCAUGAACAUCAGGUUUCUGGUGAUAGGCCAACCAUUCACAGCUUUAGAGCCAUGGGCAGUAACACAGCAGUAUUCAAUAGAGUUCUGAGAGCCCAGCACAGGAAAAGCACUUCCAGUUCCAUUAUCUCAAUGCCAGAGUGGCCUCAGGUAAGAGGUUUUGCACGCAGUAGGCCCUCAACAGAAACGUGGGAGCAAAUAGCGUGUGAAGGGGAGAAGGAGGUGGGCGCACAGCCCGUUGAAGGCCGCGCACUCUGCAGGUUUCUGCUGCCAGCCCAAGCCCCUGGGGUCACGCCUAAGAUAUCACCAGUGCCAGAGCGCAGCGGGCACCGUCCCAUCCCUCUUCGGGGGACAAGCAGGGUCCCCGCUCUUGCGGGGCGCAGGCGAAUGGACGAGGAAGCCGAGGGCCUGCCUUCCAACUCAGGAGCGGCGGGAGACGUGUCCGCGGGCAUGGGCUUCUUCUCGCUGGAGCCGCUCGGCCUCCCGGGCCUGGCCCUAGCCACGGCCCUGCUGCUCCUGGCCCUGUGCCUGUGCGCCCGGCGCACCAGGAGACCUGGUGAGCCUCCCUUGAUAAUAGGUUGGCUUCCUUAUCUUGGAGUGGCCAUAGAAUUCCAAAAACAUCCCUUAGAUUACAUAAAAACUCUUCAAAAGCAACAUGGUGACAUUUUCACUGUUCUUCUUGGGGGGAAGUACAUAACAUUUAUCCUGGACCCUUUCCAGUACCAGUUAGUGACAAAAAAUCACAAACAAUUAAGCUUUCGAGCAUUUAGUAAUCAGUUAUUAACAAAAACAUUUUCUAUCACUCAAUUGUCAAACAAUGAUGACAUGAACGAUGAGCUUCAUGGCUGCUAUCAACUUUUGCGAGGCAAGUCUUUGGACAUACUCCUGGAAAGCAUGAUACAGAAUCUGAAACAAGUAUUUGAACCCAAACUGUUAAAAACCACAAGUUGGGACAAGGCACAAUUGUGUACAUUCUGCAGCUCUAUAAUAUUUGAGAUCACAUUUACAACCAUAUAUGGAAAAGUUCUUGCUGGAGACAGGAAAAAAUUUAUUAGUGAACUAAGAGACGAUUUUUUAACAUUUGAUGACAAAUUUUCAUAUUUAAUAUCCAACGUACCCAUUGAACUUCUAGGAAAUGUCAAGUCUAUUCGAGAGAAAAUCAUAAAACGCUUGUCAUCAGAAAACUUAUCCAAGAUGCAAGGAUGGUCAGAAAUUGUUCAAAUGAGGCAAAAUAUCCUGGAGAAAUACUAUGCGCGUGAAGACUUUGAGAUAGGAGCACAUCAUUUAGGCUUUCUCUGGGCCUCUGUGGCAAACACUAUUCCAACUAUGUUCUGGGCAAUGUAUUAUCUUCUGCGGCACCCAGAAGCUAUGGCAGCGGUGCGUGACGAAAUUGACCGUUUGCUGCAGUCAACAGGUCAAAAGAAAGGGUCUGGAUUUCCCAUCUACCUCACCAGAGAACAAUUGGACAGCCUGCUCUGCCUAGAAAGCACCAUUCUUGAGGUGUUACGACUGUGCUCAUUUUCAUCUACAAUUCGUUUUGUUGAGGAGGACUUGACUCUUGAUGCAGAGAUCAAGGACUGCUGUGUGCGAAAGGGAGACUUGGUAGCUGUCUGUCCUCCAGUCUUACAUGGUGACCCUGAAGUCUUUGAAGCUCCAGAGGAGUUUAGAUAUGAUCGUUUUGUAGAGGACGGUAAGAAGAAAACCACCUUUUUCAAAAGAGGGAAAAAGUUGAAGUGUUACCUAAUGCCAUUUGGAGCCGGAACCAGCAAAUGCCCAGGCCGAUUUUGGGCAGUUUUGGAAAUAAAACAAUUGUUGGUUGUACUUUUAACUUAUUUUGAUUUAGAAAUAAUUGAUGACAGGUCUGUAGGAGUAAACUACAGCCGUUUGUUGUUUGGUAUUCAGUAUCCAGAUUCUGAUGUUUUGUUUAGGUACAGGGUAAAAACUUAGAGAAGCUAAAAAGAAAGAAAAUAAAUCUAUCAAAAUUAACCGAAAUGUCUUAAGUAUAUCUCUUUGCUUUUUAAUUUCUGCAAAUGUAACUGUUUUGUGUAUUCAUUUUAAAAGUACCAAUUUCUAUUUGAUUUGAGAUCAGUCUAGUUGGUCCAAGGUCUCCUAGGUCACAAAGCCUAUUAUAAAAUGACACAAGAUGGUAGCAUGAAAAUUGACAUCAAAAUCAACUUAAUGAUAAGUUAAAAAUAGGUUGUUGGUUUUUGUUUUAGUUUCUACUUGCUGUGAUUUUCAUUGUUAUAAUAAACGUACCUUCACAAUAAUAGGUUUGGCACUGUGGGAUUUUCUUAAGUCACUCAAAUUCUUCUCAAAUAUAUAAAAAUACACUUUAUAUACUACUCGAAAAUUGUGCUGGAAAUGAACACAGUCUAACAAAAAUUCAAAAGUCUCAGAGAUGAAGGAAAUUACAUUUUCAUGAGCUACACUGGAUGAAAAUGUUCUCUUCAAGGAUAAUUUUAAUAAUAUCUAUAU